UCGCUUCGUCUUGUCUGGUAGUUGGAUUUGUAAGAAAACGGAUACAUCGGCGAGUCGCUACAGGGCGCCGUCCAUCCGUCCGUCCGGCAUGUCUUGUUUACGGCGGGUUGGGAAUACAAACCCACGGUCCAGCUGAAGGCUUUAGAAUAAACUCCAGUCCCCGCCUAAAGAAAAUUUUUCCAAUGGAUGAAGAUGCUAUUCCCCCAAUUCCCGUCUGUAGUGCACCUCCCCCCAGUGAACCUCCGUCACCUCUCCUCCCCCUUUCCUCCAUCACCCCCAGGUGUGCAAACGAUGGACGAUGUGGACACAGGAGGAGCGGUCGCAUUCAAGAGAUCCGAGCCAGAACCCCGAAAAAGCUGGACUACACGCACAUCCAAGACGUCCAGAAACAUUCUGCACCGAAUCCGUCCCCGGCAAAGAGGCAAAGGGAGAGUGCAAAUAUGGUGCAAGCGUCACAGUCAAAGCUGCACAGAGUUGGAAGAACGAGCGUACACGAGAAACCCAACAAGGUUGGAUUUUCUGUCACUUUUCCAGCAAAGCACCAAAACGAGAUCUCACAAAUCCCCGAGAACGAGACCGACGUCCCUCCUUUGCAAAGCGUCGUCGAGCCGUUUUUAGAACAGACGGCGCAAAGUCCCGACGCGGCGAAACCCGACGUGGACGCGUGUCGGGACUUACCCGGCGGCGACCUGAGCGCGGACGCGUCCGUCUCCAAGGGCUGGCUGAUCGCCCCCUUCUUUCAGUCGCUCAAAUCCAAGAUGGCCAGCUUCACCGAGAUAGUCAUGACUCCCGUUAAGCUCUUCAGAGCCAGCAGCCCCCCGCCGCUCGCCGACGAGGAGCUCGACGCCGACGGCGCGGCCGAGGCCGACGACUCGGAGCGAAGCGAUAAGUAUCGUUUAGAAGCGCAAAUUCAAACCAGCCGGCGGCGCCUCGUCGACGCCGCAGAAAGCGUCGCUCCCAAAUAUUCCAAGAGGCUGCUGUUUGACGACUCGAUGUGCAGGACUGAGCGCGAUGAAAGCUUCCCGGAUGCAGUGCCUUUGGUGCUCAAUCACUCUGCCUGCGUCGCUCCUGGACAGGUUAGCGAGUCUGCCGGCUCAUCUGUGCCGCCUCAAGCCAAAAUAAGUGCCUCAAGUGAGUCGGAUCUACAAGUUUACACUGCUGUGAGGGACCAGGAAGGCAUUCCGAUCGGCAUUAACUUGCUCCACGAACACAAACCGGUGGACGUCGAGUCCGAAGACAGAAAUCGACUGAUCAAGCUUCAGCUCGACGGAGACGAGGCAGCUCUGGUAGGAAGUUGCAGCUUCGUCCGCCCGAGCAUCGGCGCGAACAAACGCCCGCCGACGCCUCCUUUGGACACAGAGCAGAUGGAGUGCCAAGAAAUCCCCGAGACGUGUCCGGUGCCGAAGCUCGCGCAAGCAAAGAGGGGGCCGAAGUAUAACUGCGCGUCCCAAGACGGCGUGAAGAGGAAAAAGACUUCGGAAAGCGGCGAAACAAAGGGGCCGAGGACGUACAGAAAGAGGGGAGUCAAAGAAGAAGAAGAGGAGGGAACGGCGACGGCGAAACCCGACGGCAAAAGACGGCUCGUGUCGACGAGAGCGAGCACAAAAGGAAAACCCGAACGGGACAACCGGACGGUUUGCCUGUCGGACAAAAGAAGCGGCGAAGCACACGACUGGAAAUCAUGCAAACCGCAAACAGGAGCCGCUCCGAGUAAAUUUGACACGGGCAGCAGCGCUGAUGUUAUGGAUGUCGAAGCUGCAGCUCCUGCCGCUGAGCGUCAUGUAGAAAAGCAGUUAUCCGUAGUCCUCGUCCGUCACGAUAUGAAGGAGAAUCCAAGUAGGAAGCAAUUAAAACGCAAAUCGCCCAAUCAGACGAGUUUAGACGGCGCAGCGGCGCGACUCUUGGCGUCUACCUCAUCCAACGGCGGCGGCCUGGAGCCCGCGAGCGCAGAUAUCGGCUGCGCUCCGAGCGACCGGCGAGGAGCGAGCCAACCGGCCAAGAGGCUCAACAACAGCCUGAGGAGUGCGGCCAAGUUCUCGGCCCUGGAGAAAACCAAAGAGAGCCGGUCAAAACGGAGCAAAGAGCAAAUCUGUGGGCGUGAUCCCCAGCUUCCUCUGCUCUAUUCUGGACAGUCGGGCGAAGACGGAAAGAGACGGACGAGCGCGUCCUCCACGCCGGGCGAGGACCCGGUAACCGGCGGCUGCGGCUCCAGGCCGAGCGUACGGCACGUCGGCACCAGGCAGCGGAGAGCCGGCAGCCAGCGGCGGAGAUGCAUCGUCGCGCGCCGGACGCGGGAAACCGACGAGGGAUCCUCCAGAGCCGCCACCAUGGAGGACGCGGAUCUGGCCGCGGCGCGCUCCUCCGACGGCGACCUGUCCAGGCGACUCCUGCGCAGCUACUCGUGCCCGGACAUUCUCAUCCUGCAUCCCGACGACUCGCCCUGGAUCUCCCCUCGGCACUUCCCUCAUCACCGGACGCAUCAUCAUCAUCAUCAUCAUCAUCACCACCUGAGCUCCCACGCCCAGAGGUCCCUGCGGCGGGCGCGUCGCCACACGGUCUGCAGCGUGGAGGUGGAGCGGGAGAUCGCCCCCCUCUGCCUACGGAAGGAGGUGUACCCGUCCCGGAGGUCCGGCUCCUACGACUCCAUCCCCCCCCACCUGUCGCCUGCUAACGCGCAUUCCCCCUGCAGCGCCCUCACCGCGCUCGCCUCCUGCUUCCUCUCGAGCCCGCUGGCUUUCCUCUCCAGGAAGUACGUCUGCAGGGGUCCGGCCGCCGCUGCCGGUCGCGUUCCCUCCCCGCCCCCGUCCUCCUCGUGCUCCAACGCGUGGCUUUCCCCGGGUUUCGCCGCAGGAUCCGACUCCGCCGCGUCUCUGGAGGCCGGCAGCAGCGAGAAUCCGGCGCCGUACGAGGCGGAGAGGCGGCAGCAGAGCGAAGAGGAGGAUGAUGGCGAGGAGACCAGCUCCUCCAGUCAGGAUUACGAAGAGGCCGGGUUGAGAGAGGAAAAAGCUCUGUCUGAUUCGGAAAUCAGAGUUGUCAAGAAACACGAAGAGCAAAAAAAGGUGUCCUCCAUCAGGAUACGGAAGACUUUACCGAAGCCUCAGACCAACCUGACACCCAUGGGUCUGCCCAAACCCAUCAGGGUGAAAAAGAAGGAGUUUAGUUUGGAAGAAAUUUACACCAAUAAGAAUUUCAGCAAACCCCCAGAAAGCCGCCUGGAAACCAUAUUCGAGGUGCCGCUCAACCGCAAGAACGGCUCCGAGUCCUGGUUCGGCCCGAGGCGGGUGAAGCGCUUCCUGGAGUUCCUGGAGGUGGGCGAGAUCCGGAAGCCGAAGAAGCCCCUCGCCGGCGUGGGGAAAGCGGGCGCGCCGUCGUCCAGGCCGAGACGCGGCGGCUUCCCGAAGGACGGGCCGGCGCUCAGCGUCCAGGACGUGGACUCCCUGCUCUGCUCCAAGCUGGACGAGUUGAGCUUGUGGCUGAUUCACGACCAGAGCGACGGCUGAGAAGGAAAACCAAAUAACGCUGUUCCUGCGAUCAUGACGGCUCUUCACGUUCCUGUUUACAUGUUCUGGAAAGCUGCGGCUUAAUCACUCUGUAGCGUCUGUGGCCUACAAAGUUGAAGAGCCAGACAACAUGGCACAAAAAAUUAUUGACCCGGAGAAGUAUUUAUGCACAUUUCUGUACAGAUGAUUGCUUAAAGAAAUGCUUUUAUUUAUUCCACUAUUAAACCUCCUCUGAUUGGUGAAAUCUCUCAACCUUCAUAGGUAUUUUGUCCAUUAGUAUUACACAUUAAUCUCGGUGCGUCUGAAGCAGAGACCUCCUGUAAGCGCGAGUCAGAACCUGCUUCGCAUUACGUCCGAUUUUUGUUUUUUGUCUCGUUAUGCAACGAAGCAGCCGAACCGGCGGGUAUUUUUUUCUCCUCGCGGCAUCAUUGUGAGUUUUAACGGCAGCUUUUUCUUCUCGUUUCUUUUUCUAUUAAAGGCUAAAUAUAACUUUUCAAUGUGCCAGCGGGAGAUUUGUAUUUGCUACGAGGAAUUUUUUUGUGUGUAAAUAUGUUUAAAAGCUUUUUUACGCAGCUCAGGGCGGACACUGAUCAAUUAAUUAUUUGGGUUUGAAUUUUUCUUUGUUCUUUCAGUAGAAAAACAACCUGGAGGAAGUGGGCGUGGCCACAGCCAAUAUUUUUUUAUUAUUAUUUUGUUAAUUUCAAUAGUUUCUCCCACGAUGUACAUAAAUGAAUCAUAACUGCAGCUGUUUGUCGUUGUUGUUGUAAAUGCCUUAACUGUACACCCGCUUUAUUUUUUUUUUUUUUAUGCCGUUGUCAGGACACAUCAACCAACUCCAAGCUUAAAAAAGUGUCUUUAUUAUAAAAUACUUUGUAUAAAAGUACAACACAUGUUUAAUAAAAGUACCAUUAAAGUAACAAUGCAAUAACGCUGAGAUAAAGUUGGCACCCGAACAGCCUGUCGAUUCAAGCACUGCCAUAAUCACCACUAAGCCAUUUUCUUUUCCUUUAUACCAGUAAGCCAAGUCCUGAUGAAUGUCUAUCUGUUGUAGAUCUACAUUCUGUAGUAUUUGUGACUUAGUAUAUACAGUAACAAUAAGUACGUUUACUUUAAAAGUAAACCUGUGUUAAGGAAUGGGUCCUUACAGAAGUGUUUCUUUUGAGAGUUAUUUCCCACCUUUUUAUUUUAAGAUUUCCUCUGGUUAAAUGUAUCAAAUUUAAUCAUUGGUCUGUAAAUUGACAUUAAUACUUCAUUUAUACAAGUUUUUCAUGGGCACUUAAUCAAACCGAGUGGAAAUCUUAAAGAAGGGCUGGGAAUAAGAAAAAAAACUUUCAAAUGUGUCACGUUUUAUCCUGUGGUGUCAUAUUUUGAAGGCAGUGCUGGAUUUUAUAUGAUUAAAAAGGAAGUUGUCCGUAUGUUAAAUAAAUGCAACAGGGUAUAUAAAUCAC